AAAUUUUAGAUUUCCUGACUUUGUACGCGAAUAUUUUAAAACUAUAAAUUAUAAACAAUUAAUAUAUUAUUAAAAUAAUGCAAAUUAAUAAAACAUAUAGCAAUAAAAACACUAACAUAAUCGAAAAUAAGAUUUUAAAUAUCUAGUGAAAGUUGUAUUGCAAAUGUUUUUCUAAUAGAAGUUGUAUAAAGAAUUAUAUAUCCACAUCCAUACGUAUUUAUAGAAAGAAAAGAAUACAUAUGCAUAGAUAAAAUAUGAAAAAACCAACAAAAUACACGAUAGAAAACAGCAAGAACAAAAACAAAACGAUAUAUUAAAAAAAGCUCCAAGAGAAAAAAUAUAUAAAUAAAAAACAACAAAAAUAGUUACAGAACAACGUAAAGAGUUGUGUUAAUAAAAAAAGCAAAGCAAGGAAAAAAAAUAAUCAACCCGGGUUUUAAAGCCACCUUAAUUAUUUACUUAUUAUGCAGCUUUUAGUUAAUAAGCCAAAAAAUAACAAAGAAAGUUAGUGAUUUUAAAUCGGCAUCAUCAUAAAAAUAGCUGUUUAAAGAAAAGUUAAAAAAUAAAAGAAACGCAAAAAAAGUAGCCCAAUUAAAAUAUGGAUUUUAUACAAAAUAUAACAAAAGGUCUGCAAGAAUUUUUGUCCACAUAUAUUGAUUUGGAUUAUUCUUUAUGGGUUUAUCGUUUGUUGACCCCGCUGAUUGCAACAUUCCUUUUGCCACUGGUUUUUGUGGCAUUAAUUUACAUAUCAUUUUUAAUCCUUUACAUCUAUAAAUUACACAGACAAGUCAUCUUGCGUUCAGUACGCACUGAUCGUGGUUUUUGGAAAGUGGGCCGUAAACUAGUGGCCGCCAUAUGGGAUGCCCAUGCUCGCAUUUAUCAUGGCUAUGAGGUGGUGGGUAUGGAAAACAUACCCUUGGAGGGACCUGCUCUAAUUGUUUACUAUCAUGGUGCCAUACCGGUAGACAUGUAUUAUUUAAAUUCUCGCAUGCUGCUGCAGAGGGAUCAAUUGAUUUACACUAUAGCAGAUCGUUUUCUCUUUAAACUACCCGGUUGGGGUACUUUAUCAGAGGCAUUUCACAUAAGUCCCGGCACUAUACAAUCGUGUGUAAAUAUUUUAAAAGAUGGCAAUAUUUUGGCCAUCUCGCCGGGUGGUGUUUAUGAAGCACAAUUUGGCGACAAUUACUAUGAGUUGUUGUGGCGUAAUCGUGUGGGUUUUGCCAAAGUUGCUCUGGAAGCAAAAGCACCCAUAAUACCAUGUUUUACACAAAAUCUGCGUGAGGGCUUCCGACAAGUGGGAAUAUUUCGUAGAUUUUUCCUAAAACUGUAUAAUGCUGUAAGGAUACCUGUUUAUCCCAUAUAUGGAGGAUUUCCGGUGAAAUUUCGUACCUAUUUGGGUACACCCAUUGAACAUGAUGCUUCUUUAACACCAGAAGAGUUGCAAAUCAAGGUUGCUCAAGCUUUAGAAGUGUUAAUAAAUAAACACCAACGUAUACCAGGCAGCAUAUUUCAUGGUUUAUUGGAUCGUUUUCGUCCCUUACGAAAUAAGAAAGAUUAAAAUUUGUUUAUUAAAUCAUUUAACUAUCUCUUUAGCUAUAAAAUCUCAGAACUGUGUUAAUUUAUCUUUUUACAUACAUAUAUCUUCUUUUUAUACUUUUUUCUAUGCUGCUUUACUGUUGUAAGUAAAAAAAAACUAGAAUUGUCUUUUUGUGCACGAGUAUUUUUAACUAAUAGGAUAUAAAUCUGACAAUUUUUUGUUUCCGCAUUCGAAUUAGUUAUAUAUAAGGCAGUGUGACAAAACAAACUGAAUUGGAGCCUUAUUAUUUCCAAUUCCUUUUUUUUUAAUUUCUUAAUUGUACUUAUAUAAAUGUGGUUGUAGUUCCGAACUCUGGGUUUAUUUUUUUAGUUUUUAAAGCUCUCAAUCGAAUUGUAUGUAUAUUAAGACCUUGUAUAUUAAUCCUUUUUAUUUUGUUGAAAACUCAAACCUAGUGUUAACUACACAAGUUAAUAAGAAGUGAUAAUAAUGGUGUUGAAACGUUUUCCAAAAGAUACACUUCUCAUGAAAUAUGAAGAUUAAAAUUUACAUUUGAAAUGUAAGAUCAAAUAAAUUAUCGUUUUAUGGUAAGAUUUAAAAAUAAGUUAUAAAAUAAUAAUGAAAUGUCAUAUUGUAUUUAUAGUUUUAAAAAAAAAAAAUAAAAAAAAUUAAUUAUGUAUUAAAUCAAAUUAUUGCUAAAUAUAAUUAAAAUAUAUAUAUUUAAAUACAAUUCAAAGUACAUAAA